AGCUCUCAGCGCCGUCUCAGAGCCACUUGUGUUGUACCCUGACCCUGCUGGGAGCAGGCAGACGGGACAUUGCGCAGAGUCGCGUGCAGCAGGGCAGUUUGUAAUACCUUCUGCCUGCUGCAGCACCAGUGAGGGGAGCAGCUUCCCGACCUCAGCUCUCCCCAGCCCACCGUAGAGCCCGGGACCAUGGACGUGCCAUCCAACUGGACCUGCCCCGUCUGCGGGCAAGGUCGGGAGGAUGUCACCUAUGUGACCCCUUGCCAACACCGGCUCUGCUACGGCUGUGCCAUCUGGUGGGCCAAGAAGCAGCCGAGUUGUGCCGUAUGUGGGCACAAAAUAUUCAGCAUCCGCUACUCCAUGAGGGCGGAUGACGAUUAUCUUGAGUGUUCCAUCCCGCAGCCCACGGGACACUCAGAUGAUGGCCUGCAGGACGAGCAGGGGCCUGCAGAGACGGUGCUCGUUCCACCUGAGCACAGCUUCCCCGCCGAGGUCUGGGCUGCAUUUUUCAAACAACAUCCGGAAGACCUCGCACCCCUGCUCCUCUGCCUGCAGGAAGAGUUCCGGGCAAUGUCCGGCGACAACUGGUGGGAGGUGCAAUUGGGACUGUGGGCCACUGUGAACCUCAUCUGUGAGCACGGGCUCGACCAGGCAGCCUUGGUACAGGAGCUGGAGGCGAUGACCAACAGAGGGCGGGAGGACGGCCCUGCAGCCAGCCCCAGCAUCAGCACCUCCCAUCUGGAUCCUCCUGCCUCUGGCACCGAGGAGCUGCUCGGCAGCUCCACUGGGGGAUCUGGGCACCCCAGCACCGCCACUGCGACCGCAGCAGAGGAGCCGCAGGAAGAGCCAGGGCAGGCAGCAGCAGCGGGCCCUUCCAUCCAGAGCAGAGACCGCUCGUGUGGGAGGCCCCGGCGCGCCCCAAAGAGGAAGACCUGCAGCAGCCCCCAGGAUUCACCCCCACCCCGCAAGAGGCGGCCCCGACGGCGGCGCUAG